GUCAGUCGUUUCUUGUCCGUCGCUGCUGUGAGGUAGACAUGGCUGUGAAAGUGAAAUGGAAAUGUACUUGUGCUGUGUUUGUGAUGAUUUUAGUGAAUAUUGUGAGUGGGAUGUUCACGAAGCGGCACUGCAGUCACCAGCAUCCAAAGCCAAAUGAGGUGAUCCAUGGAGUGCACAUAGAGCCGGCGCAUGUGAUGAGGAAACGCAGCCUGGACCAACCACUCAGGAUACUGCUGUACUACGACGAGAGCGUCUACAGGCUUGACGAGGAGAAGUUCCAACUCAUCAACAACACUGUGCUGCCCGAGGCUGUGCAUUUCUGGGAGCAAGCCCUCAUGGUACGCAAGACUGGCAAUACCAUCCGCCUCAACAGGAAAUGUGAAAACAACCAGGUGUUCUACAGAAAGGGUGACCCAUACUCUUACUGCAAGAAUGCUUGUGAGGAGAAGACAAUGUGUGGAGAGGUGCAGGUCCCUGAGGAGCAUCUUGAGGUGUGCAGGACUUGCAAUGCCACAGGUAUGGACUGUGGGGUGCAGGAUCCUAGUGUAGGUCCUGGUAUUGAGGAUGCAGACUUUGUGUUCUAUGUCAGUGCUAUGGAGACAGAGAGAUGCCACAAAGGACUGACUGUCGCCUACGCAGCUCACUGUCAACAAGAGGCUGUACUGGACAGGCCCAUCGCUGGACAUGCCAACCUAUGUCCUGACAGCAUCAGCACGAAGCCCCAGGAGCUGGAGAUCCUGCUGUCCACAGUCAAGCAUGAGAUCCUGCACGCCCUCGGCUUCUCUGUCAGCCUCUUCGCCUUCUACAGAGACGCUGACGGCAACCCUCUCACUCCACGAGAGGACAAUGGCAAACCUCUGCUAAAUGAGAGGCUGCAGGCGCGCCAGUGGAGUGAGAAGGUGAUCCGCACAGUGGUGCGCAAGAACUGGAAGGUGCACGGAGGUGUGGUGGAUCGUGAGGUGCAGCUGAUGGUCACUCCGAGGGUGGUGGCUGAGGUGCGCAGACACUUCAACUGUUCUUCACUGGAGGGAGCAGAGCUGGAGGACCAGGGGGAGGAGGGAACAGCUCUCACACACUGGGAGAAGAGGGUGUUUGAGAACGAAGCCAUGACAGGGACGCACACACAGAACCCCGUAUACUCGCGGCUGACUCUAGCACUGAUGGAGGACACUGGCUGGUACAGAGCUAACUACUCCAUGGCUCAACCACUGUCCUGGGGCCACAACCUCGGCUGCGACUUUGUCACUACCAGCUGCAAACAGUGGAUGGACACCAAGAGAGCAAAGGGGAAGAGUAUUCAUCCGUUCUGUGACAAGGUAAAGAGAGAUCCUCUUGAGACGGAGUGUACAGACGACAGAAGCUCAGUGGCUCUGUGUAACUUGGUAGAGCACCUCACCCCACUGCCUUCACACUACCAGAAUUUUGAUUCCAUUCCCCAUGUGGAGCCAGGGAGUGAGCCCUACUUUGGAGGCUCAGUGAGCUUAGCUGACUAUUGUCCUUACAUCCAGGAGUUUACAUGGAGAUCCAAGAAUGUUGUUGUCAGAGGCAGUCAUUGUCAAUACGUUGAGAACAAUCCUCACCAAGACAAGAACUUUGCCCUGGAGUGGUAUGGCGAGAACUCUCGCUGCUUUGACCACACAGAACAGAUGUGGGAAGAGCGUUCCUGUAGUCAAGUCAGACAGUGGCAGCAUUGGGGCAGUGGCUGUUACCAGUUCCUGUGUAGAGCUGGCCGCCUGCAUCUACAGGUUUCCAACUACACGUACACCUGUUACAAGGCCGGCCAGGAGAUCAACAUCAGGAUCAUAGCCAAUGACUGGCUACACAAGGGAGCGCUGGUGUGUCCUCCGUGUGAGGAGCUCUGUCAGGAGCAGUUCGCUGCUACAGGGGAUCGCUGUAAACCUGACAUAACACCACCUCAGACAGUCAUGUAUCACAUGGACCGCCUCACUUGUGGCGCCAUCUCUCUCUCCCUCUCACUCACGCUCCUCUCUCUCACUCUACUACUCUCUGGCAUCACGUAGCCCCUGCGUUACAGGUUAUUUAUGUAGAAUAGACCAUCAUAAUUUAUAAAAUGACCACUGGGUGGUCGGAAUGGUGCAUUAAUUCAACUCUUUUUGGAUAUUUUACUUCAAAACGAGUUGAAUAAAAUUAGACGUGAUGUGUAAUUGUGGAUUAAUUUGUUUCACAAUUUGUGUAAAUAAAAACCGACCAUUGCAAAUAUUUCUGGCUAUACUCAGAGUGUGUACAAGCUCGCAAAUUUGUGAGUAAAGAGGAAUCCAGCCUAUCCCUAAAGGCACUUUAGUUUUGGAUUGUGCUUUACUGUUAAAAUUAUAGGCAGUUCUGUAUAAUCUACUAUGUUGGCCUAAUUUAUAGAGUUCUGUUGGCCUAUCAUAAUGUUUCCAUUUUAGUUUUGGAAUUUGCCAAUAAUGACAGUCUAUGAAUAGUUCUCACAUGGCAUCGCUGAAACACACCUGCUGCAUAUAGCGAGGAUUAUCUGUAGGCCUAUCCUAUAUUUAUGAGCCUAAUAAUACGUUAGUUCUUUUACAAAAUAUUUGUUAUGUCCAUCAAAUUCAAAAUGAUUAAGGGUACUAAACUUGAUUGAUAUAUUUCACCACCAACUUUGAGUUCAAUUUUAUGUUUAGCUUUGCCUUGUGAGUGAGUGCUAAAACUUUAUGUUCCUAAAUUAGAACAAUGAACCAAUAAUUGACCUAUUAUAUUUUUGUUUGAAGAGUAAAAAUUCAUACAAGUAUAUAUAAACAAUUGAAACCGAUUUAAGUAAAAUACAUGUUUGUAGUUCUUAAUAUGAAAAACAACAUUGAGAAUUGUUUUUUUAGCUGAGGUUUGCUGUUAUGGAUGGUGUAAAGUAAAAAUUAUCCACACAUUAUAACCAUGACUAAGUUUAUUAGUUACUGGAAAUUAUUCUCAUUUAAGUGAUGGAGAUAUGAAACCAAAGAUCAAAGAAUGCUGUUUUGAUAAUCAAUACAAUAAUAAAAAAAAUAGGAAUCAGCAAAAUGGAAAAAUAGGAUUAUGCAACCAAUUU